GGGAGACCGGCAACAUGGGAACAGGACCGUUACUACUGAUGGGGGUGCUCGCCCUCGCCGCCGCCGCUCCUCAGGGCUCCGCCCCACUAGGGGAUAUUCGUCUAGAGACACCCCCCAGCAACGUGGUAGGAGGCAGCACCAACGAACUGGCUACAGCACUGCUGCAGGGUUUUGUGGAGGAGGAGCGAGACUUUGCCUUCUCCCCGCUGGGCUACUCCGUGGUGCUGGCCAUCAUGGCGGAGGGUGCCGGGGGACAGACUCGCAAUCAGCUGUCAGCAGCCCUGCGACUACCAGAGGAUCUGAUAGCAGUCAGGGACAGCUACAAGUCCAUCCUACAGGACAUGACUGAUAAAUGGACAAUGAACAAGCCUCAGUUCAAAAAUUGGUUCUACGUCUACAAAAACUACACCGUGAAUGAAAACUACAAGAAAAUCCUUGAGGAAAACUACUUCACAAUAGUGAAAAACGUUGAUAGAGUUCAUUAUGAAUUAUCUUUUGAGAAUGAAAAAGAUAAGAUUGAGGAAGAGGAAGAUAAAGAAGAGGAAAAAGAAGAAGACAAGGAAGAAAAGGAAGAAGAAAAGGAAGAAAAGGAAGAGGAAACGGAAGAUAAGGCAAAGAGUCAAACAGCUAGUGAACAAAAAAAAGAAAAAGCAGCACCAAGCUCGUACGAUGGAAGCAAAGAUGUCGCCACAGCACUGUCAGCUAACAAGAUCGUAGACAAAAACAGACCAGAUCUCGACCCGCAGACUAAGAUGAUCAUCUUCAAUGGAUUUUACUUCCGAGCCAACUGGAAGACACCAUUCAAACUCGUAAAGGAGGAAGAUAAACGAAUCUUCUAUAAAUCUUUGACUGAGAAGAAGCAAGUAAAGAUGAUGCAGAGCAAGGGAAGCUUCGACAUAGGAAAUGUUCCUGAGCUGGAUGCAACUGCUUUGGAGUUGCCGUAUGAGGGAGGCAGAUACUCCAUGCUGGUGCUGUUACCGAACCAGAGAGACGGGUUGACCAAGCUGACUUCCGACAUCACUGGCUUCUCCCUAGACAAAGUGUACAAGUACCUAGUGGAGAGACCUGUGGAAAUCAUGCUGCCCAAGUAUCAAAUACAGACCAUCAGCCAUCCAGAGAUGAUUCUACAGAAGUAUGGUGUCAAUGAUCUGUUCACCAACGAAGCAGAUCUCUCAGGUAUGAGUUCUGACAAGCUCAAGAUGGGAGCUCUCGUACAAUUGGUGAACAUUCAAGUUGACGAAGGAUCAGCAGACACCAACUUCCUCACUUCGUCCCUGACCGGUGGUGCGACUAAGAGGAACAACAUUGAGAAGUUUGUGGCAGAUCAUCCGUUCUUGUUUUUCAUCAGAGAUUACACCAAGAACGUAAUCGUGGCAGCAGGAAAAGUCCUGGACCCAAGGUUUGAGACUGAAGAUUAUUUGGCUCCGUAAAUCCAUAUGUGAACUUAUAUUUAUUUUAUUUAUAGUUGUCAAUUAAUUAAUAAAACUUUAAUGUUUAGCAAA